CAUGUAGGUGAACCAAGACGACACUCGUACUUGUCCAGAGCACUACCAUAAUCUUGAUACAGUGGCUUACUGGACCCAGAUAAUGAGAAGUAUACAUUAAUUACGUUAUGUUAUACAAUGCAUGUCCAUAUCUUUGCUGGGAUUCAAGAUAGAUCUUCGGAUCCAUCUUAGGUCAUUGGUAAGAUACAAGCUCCGCCUACAUACACCAGUUUAUCUGCUUACCUGGAACAUUGCAAGAUGGAGCAUGUCCACAUCCCCGUCAUAGACAUGUCUGCGGCAAAGGCCAAACGUGCGGAAACGGCCGCGCGUUUAGGCGCUGCGUUAGAGAGCGUGGGUUUUGUUUGCCUAGAAAAAGUCCCCGAUUUCGAUUCGGACGAGCUGCACCGAAUGACACAAUGGUUUUUCUCUCUCCCGCUCUCGACAAAAAACAAGCUGGCUACAAAGAGAUGGAACCCGGCGUCUAAGAAUGUGUAUCGGGGGUAUUUCCCAUCUGUUAGAAAUGAGGUUUCAUACAAAGAGGGAUAUGAAAUUGGCCGUGCACUUAGCUCGUGUGACAGCCGCGAUCGACAAAUAGCGCUGUAUGAACCAAAUCAGUGGCCCGAGGAAAACUCAAAGGACGGCGUUCGCUUCUGCGAUUUCAUGGAGAAGUAUCAUGAAACCAUGUCUAACUGCGGCAUGGAAGUGAUGCGCCUCAUAGCUUGCAGUCUUGGUAUGGAGAACGACACGUUCGAUGGUCUAUUUAUGAAGAAACCGCUGUCGACGCUCCGGCUACUGCAUUACCCACCACGAGACUGUGAGCCUAUUCCCCAGGCGCGAGACGGCCAUUUUACCCUCCAUUGCUCCGACCACACUGACUCUGGUUUUGUUACUCUCCUUUCUACAUUCCACUACGGGGGGCUUCAAAUACGAGACGAAGAUGACCAGUGGGUGAACGUGGAGCCACGCCCAAAUGCCCUUGUGAUGAAUAUUGGCGACAUGCUGGCCCGAAUGACCAAGGGGAAAUACAAGGCCACCCGACAUCGCGUUGUAGACUUAGGAGUGGAUCGGUUCUCUGUACCCUUUUUCUUCGAACCAUCUUUCGAUGCGGUUAUCGGUGAAGUCGACGGAGAGAAAGUGAAAUAUGGCCCCUGGCUUGUAAAAAAGAUGAAGGAGUUUGCAGAGUACAAGGAUACUGACUUUGGCAUGGUAAAUUGAGCUGAACAUAGACGCCCUACUUAGGCCCUACGGCUUUGUCAUUGAGUAUG